AUGCCCCCAUCAGCAAAACCACCAACACAACCAGAGCCAUCAAUAAACACACCAAUAAAAACUACGCCAUUAGCAACAACACCACCACAACAUCCAUCAUCAACUUCAGCACAAGCACCAACAACCACUAAACCUACCACACCUUCAAAAUCUACUUUCUCCUAUGAACCCUCACAAUUAACUCCCCCACACAAAAAACGGAGAUUGAUCAAUGAAAUUGUCUCCCCUCUUACUAAACAAAAUGAACCUUCCUCUCAAUCCAAACCACAAACAAAACCCAUGAAAACAAAAUCUGCCAUGACAAUUGCACAGUUCCUUGCUCGAAAGAAACUUCCAAACCCUCAGAGAAGAAAAACUUUUUCUUCUUCUACUUCCACUUCAUCUGCCUCUGAACCGUCUCCUCCCUCUAAGAAACCCAACCAAACUACUCCUCCUCUGAUUUCCCCUGACAAAUCUAAACUUUUCAAUGAAAAAUGGGCUCAACGCCUAGUUGGGAUUGGACGAGUCUUUGUUUUUGACAAUCUCGUUGUUGACGGCAACGCUGUUCAACAUCACACUGAUGCUCUUGGAUGGACAUCCUUCUUAAAAAUAUCUGAAUCUUAUUACCCAGAUGUUGUCUGUGCCUUUUAUUGCAAUGCCAAGACAUUUGCUGACAAAUCUCUAAUCAUUUCUACGAUUAAGGGAAUGGAGAUCAAACUGACUCCAGAAAUUCUGGCCUCCAUUCUUCAGUUACCCACAAAAGGUCCAUCUGUUUUUGGUGACCACUGGUACUCAGCCUUGAAUCUUCGCAAGACUAAAGUCUUAUCUGAUCUGUUUGAAGAAGACUCCACUCGUUACUUGUCCACAUAUCUUAAGCCACUUCCCAAAGUGUUCAAUAACAUGUGCCAACAUACCUUGAUUCCUCACUAUGGAAGUCAUGAGUAUGUCUCUGAUAAUGACGCCUUGCUCAUCCAUCAUCUCCUCAACUGCAAGAGACUGAAUUUACCCUAUGUGAUUCUCCAGCACAUGAUUUGUGCAGCCACCAAAGACUACAGGAAAAAUAUUGUGCCUUAUGGCAUGGUCAUGACUAAGGUCUUCAAGUACUUUGGAGUAUCUCUUGCGUCUGAAACAUCUAUGAUCAAAAUCUCAAAAUUUUCCACCAAAAAUCUCUCUCACAUGCGCAAAACCUCCUCUACUCAAAUGCCCACUCCUCCAUCCUCCUUUCCCACCUCCUUCAAACGCAAACGCUCAGCAGGUAGACGACCUACUACAAAUCUUGUUCCAUUCUCAACACAUCCUACUGAUCCUGAGGAAAACACAGCAAAAAUCCCAAUACCAGAACAUUCUUCACCAAAUCCAGAACCAACUGUUGGACCCUCUAACACAUCUAUUGGUCUCUUAUCAUCUGUCUCAUCCUCCUUUGCUUCUUUUCCAUCUAUCUCUACAACGCCUAUUCCAUCCAACACUGUUGUUGCUACCACUUCUCAACCCUCUACUCACCUUCACUCUUCUCCUCCCUUAACUGAACCCUCCAACUCUGACAUCAUGGCUACUUUUCAGAUCAUACUGGCACGACGAGUUCAGCACGAUCAAGAAAUUGCUCUAUUGAGAACUUGGCUGACAGACCACCUUGCUCCCAAGAUGGGAAUUUCACCUCCACCUCCUCAUCCGAUUCAUUCUCCUUCUCAAGUUCCUCAUCCAGGAAAAUCCUCAUCUUCAGAAGGAUCUUCUCCCUCCUUAGCUUCUUAG